UGAAUUAUAGAUAUAUAAGCCAUUUUCCCAGGACAACAUGAUGUGCCUCAUUUUCCUUUGUUUGAAGAAACAUUCGUGGUUAUAGAAGCUGUGUUAUCAUGAAGACUUCUACCUUGAGGAAGAGGCCAACUAAACAACCUUGCACACCCAGGAGUAAGAAAGCAAACUAUUCCACCUACAUCUACAGAUGCCUUAAAGAGGCUGGUUCCAUUGCAGUAAAACCUACAUCCCGGGAGCUGUUCGAGGUCGUGGCUUCGGAAGCGGCACGCCUGUCUCUCUACAAUACGAGGAGAACCAUCACCAGCCGAGAGAUCCACGCCGCCAUGAGGCUGUUGCACAAAGCCAAGCGCGCCGGGACCGUGGACGCGUAACCCAGUUUCUGUUUUCAGGGUUGUCUUCGUCUGUGAUUAUUUUAAUGUAAAUAUUUGAAAUAAAGUAACUUUUUAAAAAA